UUUCUCACGUCAAAAUGUCGAGAUGAAGACAGGCGGCGUGCAACGGUGCCAUGCGUAGUCAUAACCAAGAUAAGUUGGCAGCGAUUUUGACAGCCCAGACAGUGCAAAUGUGUUAAACGUCAAACUUCUAUGAAAUUAAGAUAAAAGGGAUCUCUUCCAGUUAACCCAUACCUAAAAGAGUAAUUAAAAUAUAUUAUUACAUACUAUAAACUAUAUAUAAAUAAAUAUCUUUAUAUACAUAUAUGAAUAAAUAUAAAUAUAUAUAAUGACCGCACACAUCUUCCUACCUGUCAGUAGGUUAUUCAUCUGAGAGCCAUAGUUUUUUUUAAUUUAUAUUUUAGCGAUGCCACUGAUUGACACCGUCUCAAAGGAGGUGGUGGCGCGUUCCAAAGCUUAACAGAAUUUACGGUGAAUGAUUUUUGAUAUGAUCGCUGUUUAUGAAUCGGGAUAGAGAGGGAAAGAUCGGUGCUAGAGCGUAGUCGGUGGUCACUAUCGUUGCUAGAAACUUGAACCGUUCAGAGAGGUAGGGUGGGGAAGAGGGAACGAAUAGUAGGUACUUCAAAAAGAAGAGAUAACGUAUGCAUGUCUCUGCGGCGGCGGAUAGGGAACCACUUAAGCUGAUCACGGAAUGACGAAAUAUGGUCAAAUUUGCGGAGACUAAAGACAUAUCUUAUGCAAACAUUUUGUACACGCUCCAUCCUAUUGAGGAGUUCCUCGUUGAGGUCAAGGGUCGCUACGUCCCUACAUAUGUACCUAGUAGUAAGUGGGCAUGUCUAUGCAAUGCGUAAUUAGGUAGGUAGGUAUAGCAAAAUAGAAUAUGGUGUAAUGGGAUAAUUUCGGAUAUGAGAUAAGAUAUAAUAAGAAGAAAGAAGAGGUAGGUAUCUCAUAAACCUUAAAUACCUAUUAAGUACCUUCUAGAAUAGAAUAUCAAUUUUCAGCGGCCUAGGUAAAGGACUAUGCGUUUCAAGGAAAAAUUCAAAACUCUAUAAACUUAGUAAAAUGAACCCUUGAAAAUUCUGGAAUUACAAUAAAACCCCAAUAAAAUAAAUCACCCAGAAUAACUGCGAGAUAAGACAGCCUGUGUAAAGGGCGUUCCUGCCACUGCGUUAUUUACUCCACCCGCAAAACGGAAAGCACUCGUAAAUAAUAAAAGAAAGUUUGUCCAAUCCCUCAGAGAGUUUCAAUGUAUUAAAACAUAAAUAAGGCAUCAAGUUACCAACAUCGAGUCGGGCAAAUAAGUAAGGAGUAAAUUAAGUAAAUAACGUUAGCAAACAUCUCGGACCCAGGCAGGACGGAAAUUAAUGAAAUUAAAUUCAGCGGCAUUAGUUUGACGUCAUAGCGGUGCCUUGCGCCAUCUAGUAGUAACUUUACAAACUUAAACGACGCAUUGACAGCACUUGCGUUAAGUUUUCCGGACAUGGCAACUUUUGACUUUAGGAUUAUUUUCAGUUUUAUUUUUAUAGACGAUUAAUACUUUAAUUUAUAUGCAGAUGAUGAAAAUAAAUAUAAAUUUCAUGAUAGUGAUAUUAUUUCACUUACCUUUUGUUGUUUCGUAAUGUUAUGUCAGUUUUUCAAGACUUUCAGGCUUUCAGCCGUCCUGGUGAAUAUUUUGUAACGGCAACACUGACAUCCAGUCCAUCAAGGAAGUGCAAGGAGGCUACUCGCCAAAAAUAAUACAUUUUCGUUAUUUUUAUUUUAUACAAAUGUAAUUAUUUGUUAUAAAUGUAGUCGCAAACGUUACUUAGCUAGUCAACAAGUUCCGCACAAUGUUUAAAAUUGAAAGUGAAAUUGUGUUUGACAGAAGAAAACUAGGCAGGUGUGACAGCAAGAAUACCGCAUAGAGGAUUUCAAGGGGAAAAAUAUAGAAUCUGACCCAAUUUGGUUUUUUAAUACUGAAUAUGGGUAAAAGUGAGCUGAGCUUGGAUUCGGCGAGUGUUUCAGUCGGGAGCGCCUUGGCAAAUCGUCGUCAAAACAUUUGACCCAGUUAGUGGCUGUGCGUUGACCUAUGCCAUGGAACUGUAUGCGGACUGAGGCACGAUGUUAUUUUUAGGAUACAGCUUUGCAGAUAAUUAAAUAUUUAUAGAUGCUGUACGCGAUACUAGAUCGGAAAACAGAUAACAAACGAAAGUUUCCUUGACCUUUUCCUCAGCAGAAUGGUGAAGAAUGUACAUAUAAUGGGAUAGCUAUAAGGAACUCCUGGCAAGAAAUACCAUAUAAUGCACAUAGAAAGAAGAUGACUUCCUCUCAAGGGAUCAAUUUACUCAUAGCACUAUUUACAUACACACACCGCGCAAUUCUUUGACUGUAAAAUGAAGAAACAAUUCUAAAUUCGAAGAGUCAUAUCAAAUCCAAAAGUUAUAACUGUACUUACAAUGGUUACUUAGUUGAUUAUGGUAUUUGUGUAGGGUUUGUAGCUCGCCUGGGCUGGUAUAGGGCCAAGUGCCCCCACGCGGUCACGCAGGAGUUAUGAAGAAGCAAAAUGUUCGAACUCUAUCGUUGAUUGUGUGUACAUUCACGUAUUUGCUGGUUGGUGCGGCGGUUUUUGACGCUCUCGAGUCUACGACGGAGCGGAACAGAUUUGAAGUUCUACAAGCAAUCGAAGGCAUGAUAAUCCGGAAGUACAAUAUAACGGAAGAGGACUUCCGCGUGAUGGAAACGGUGGUGCUGAAGUCGGAGCCGCACAAGGCUGGCCAGCAGUGGAAGUUCACCGGCGCCUUCUAUUACGCCACUACCGUGCUUACUACCAUUGGCUACGGGCACUCGACGCCCGCAACGGUCGGCGGCAAGUUGUUCACGAUGUUCUACGCAAUCGUCGGCAUCCCCCUCGGCCUCAUCAUGUUCCAGAGCAUAGGUGAACGGGUCAACAGGCUUAGCAGUGUCAUAAUAAAAUCCCUAAAACAUGCGAUGAACUGCAAAGCCACCAGCGCGUCUGAGGUGGACCUCAUAUGUGUGGUGACGACUUUAUCAUCGCUCACAAUCGCUGGCGGAGCCGCGGCGUUCUCCAAGUUUGAGGGUUGGAGCUACUUCGACAGCGUUUACUAUUGCUUCAUCACGCUUACUACUAUCGGUUUCGGUGACAUGGUAGCCCUACAAAAGGACAACGCGCUCAACCGCAAGCCCUCUUACGUGAUGUUCGCGCUCAUCUUCAUCUUAUUCGGACUGGCCAUAGUUGCUGCCUGUCUCAACUUGUUGGUGCUGCGGUUCGUCACCAUGAACACGGAGGACGAGAAACGAGACCAGGCGCAGGCAGAACAGGCGCAGCAAGUGGCGGUGCGGCUGGAGGGCGACGUGAUCACGGCGGACGGCGCCGUGCUGCGCGGCGUGGCGCGCGGCACGCGCCUGCCGGCCGCCGCGCAAGUCAACGAAUAUGUUCACUAUGUUGCAGGCGACACGUCGAUGAUGCCGCUGUACGUGGACGACGAGUACCCGCCGAGCGUCUGCAGCUGCUCCUGCAACUGCUUUGGACCUAACAAAUCGAUGGUGUACCGGGACCCGUUGUCGCCCUUGCCGCCGACCGGCAUGAAGCAGAUCACGAGCAAGAGCUCCCGCGGGCUCGGCAGCCUGCCGCGCCACAUCGAGAAGGCCUCCGCCAAGAACCGCAGCCAGUCGCUGCGCCUCAACUCCGCCUCCGGCUACCUCUACAUGAACGCCAAGACCAACAGCUUCCAACUGGAGCCCGACGACUUCAGGGAAAUCGUCGCCAAGCGCAGGGAACAGCUCCGCAGAGGCAUGAUGAUGUACGAGAUGAGCUGCAACAACAACGAACAGUACCUCCAUCCGUACAGACAUAGCACUAGCACCAGAGUCGAAACCAGCCCGCACAGCUCCUCGCUGUACUCCAUGAACAUGAGAUCUGACAACCGAAGCAAUGAUCCGCUCGUCGAUGACUAUGAUUCUGAAAAAUCUAGCUAUGCCCGAAAGAAAUUGCUUAAAAAUAUAGCGAGAAACACUUGCAAGCAGGAGAAUUACUUCUACGAUGAUGCGGUGCUCCAUUUCGACGAUGAAUACGCUUUCGAUGGCUCCAUACUGUUCGCUAAGCGGAGAAAAUCUGUAGAUAGAAACUGGGAUUUUGCCAUGCCGAAGCAAGAUCCGGACCAAAUAUCCAACGAAAGCUUCGGGUACUAUCUACCCGACGAUGACGACUUAGAGCAGUACUACGCUAAUGAUACUCUGACGUUCAACCUGCCACCCCAUCGUGCGAGCAUUUAGUGAUGUGCAAAACAGUUGUGCCAAAGAUAGGUUAGUGUUAGUUCCAAACUAAAAAUGGGCCAAUUAAUACUACGGUUAAAGUAGACUUUUACAAUUUUGCGGUAGAAUUUGAACGUUAUAGCUUUUACACAUAGUGUGUAGUCGCGUUUUUUAUUCGUGUUCUAUGGAUUGAGCUUGGCUUCCUGUAGAUAUUGUACAGUGUUUCAACGGCUUCUUAGUGUGCGUGGAGAACGAGCGCCGGCCUCUCAGUCUGGCAAGUACCUACUGUUUUAUUUAUUUAUUAAGCAUUGACUGAAUAUAAUGACUUCCUUGUUUGAAUGUUAAAAAUAAGGAAGUUCACUCUUACCAAUUUGCUAAAUCUCUUUGCCAAACCAUAAACUGGUUGUCUUCCAUAAAAGCCAAAGUAAUCAAAAAAACAUUAUCUUUUUAAUAUAAAGUGUUAAUUGUUUCAAAGAAGUAAAGGUACCUAUUUCUUGUUACUUAUCUGAUCAUAUAGAUAUGAUUGAAAAUUACAUUUUAUUAUUCUCUAAGAGAAAAUCAGUAACAAAUUUCAGGCCAGUAUAAUCAGUUGCCAAAACUUGUUAUUUAUAAAACUCAAAAAACAAUAUAACAAAAUUAAUGGCCUAAAGUCCAUUACAAAUUUAUGAAUGGCCUAGCCAUUCAAAUAAAUCAGCUGAUUGGCGAAAUAUUGUUUUAAAAACAUCAUUAUAAAAUUAUAAACAUUGUAUUAUAUACAAAAAAAACUACAGAAAUAUAUGUAACUUGCAGUCUGGUAGUUAAUAUAUACACUAGGAGCCCAAUGAAAACUUACAUUUCGGCAUCUAAUUGAUGUAAUAUUGUUAUCAUUCGCCAAUGCAUCUCACUCGCGACAACGCAUGUACGGAGAAGUGAAAUGACAUAAUUUAGAUAUCAUUUUGAUGUCAAAAUAUAAAUUUGAAAUUGGAAUCCUUUGUUAUGUUAUCAAAAAUUGUGUAUAAGGUAAGAUGGGGUAAGACAAACAUAGUUUAUUUUGCUCGGGGCAAGACUAACAGUAUGAGGAUUCCCCACAAUUGUUUGUCUUUCCCUACAAACUGGAUUGGUUAGAGUAGCGUUACUUCGUUUUACGC